UCAGUGGCAACCGGGACUAGACUUGUGUCAGGUCGGGGGAACAAGGGCAAGAGGAGCAGAAGCGAAGGCUUUGAGAGGGACAUCUCAGGAAACCAUACAACUAAACAGUUACAUAUUGAAGGAUAACGCGCAUUUGAGCGGUUAAAAGAAAGAACCGGCACCAUGAUGAUGACCCAGAUGGAGACAACGGUGCAUUAUGAUAAUGGCUACGAGUAUGAGUACAUGGGGCAGGAGGACGACUGGGACAGGGACAUGCUGCUGGACCCGGCCUGGGAGCAACAGCAGAGGAAAACCUUCACAGCCUGGUGUAACUCUCACCUGAGGAAAGCUGGUACUCAAAUCGAAAACAUUGAGGAGGACUUCAGGAAUGGAUUAAAACUUAUGCUGCUCCUGGAAGUCAUCUCAGGAGAGAGGUUACCUAAGCCAGACAGAGGGAAGAUGCGGUUUCAUAAGAUUGCUAAUGUCAACAAAGCAUUGGAUUUCAUCACAAGUAAAGGCGUGAAACUGGUCUCCAUUGGAGCUGAAGAGAUUGUGGAUGGGAAUGUGAAGAUGACCCUUGGAAUGAUUUGGACCAUCAUCCUGCGGUUCGCCAUUCAGGAUAUUAAUGUGGAAGAAACGUCUGCAAAGGAAGGUCUUCUCCUGUGGUGUCAAAGAAAGACUGCCCCCUACAGGAAUGUUAAUGUCCAGAACUUCCAUACCAGCUGGAAGGAUGGCCUGGCCUUCUGCGCCCUGAUUCAUAGACACAGACCUGACCUCCUCGACUUCUCUAAGCUCAGCAAGGACGAUCCUAUGGGGAACCUGAACUUGGCUUUUGACAUAGCUGAAAAACAUCUGGACAUUCCCAAAAUGCUGGAUGCAGAAGAUAUUAUCAACACCCCCAAGCCCGAUGAGAGAGCUAUCAUGACCUACGUGUCCUGCUUUUACCAUGCUUUUGCUGGAGCUGAGCAGGCAGAGACGGCUGCCAACAGGAUUUGUAAGGUGCUCGGUGUAAACCAAGAGAAUGAGAAACUGAUGGAGGAGUAUGAGAGACUGGCCAGUGAGCUGCUGGAGUGGAUCCGCCGCACUACUCCCUGGCUGGAGAACCGGACCUCAGAGAAGACAAUGGCAGAGAUGCGGAGGAAGCUGGAGGACUUCAGGGACUACAGACGACAGCACAAGCCGCCUAAAGUUCAGGAGAAGUGUCAGCUGGAGAUUAACUUCAACACUCUGCAAACCAAGUUGCGCAUCAGUAAUCGCCCAGCUUUUAUGCCGUCUGAAGGGAAGAUGGUUUCUGACAUAACCAGUGCCUGGCAGGGCCUGGAGCAGGCAGAGAAAGGCUUUGAGGAGUGGCUCCUUACUGAGAUCCGCAGGCUGGAGAGACUGGACCACUUGGCAGAAAAGUUUCGCCAAAAAGCAACCAAUCAUGAGAACUGGGCCAGUGGUAAAGAAGUGAUCCUCUCCCAGAAGGACUAUGAAUCAGCCACCUUGACAGAAAUCAGAGCUUUGCUUCGAAAACACGAGGCCUUCGAGAGUGACUUGGCCGCCCACCAGGACAGAGUGGAGCAGAUCGCUGCUAUUGCGCAGGAACUUAAUGAACUGGAUUACCAUGAUGUUGCCUCUGUCAACCAACGGUGCCAAAGCAUCUGCGACUUGUGGGACAAAUUAGGAACCCUGACUCAAAAGAGAAGAGAAUCGCUGGAGCGCACGGAAAAGUUGCUGGAGACAAUUGAUCAGUUGUUCCUGGAGUUUGCUAAGAGGUCUGCUCCUUUCAACAACUGGAUGGAAGGAGCCAUGGAGGACCUGCAAGACAUGUUCAUAGUUCAUACUACUGAGGAGGUUCAGAGUCUAAUCGCAGCUCAUGAGCAAUUCAAAGCCACUUUGCCUGAGGCCGACGCAGAAAGACAGGCCAUCUUGGGAAUCCACAAUGAGGUGCAGAAAAUUUCCCAGAGCUAUGGGAUCAAGUCUACCUUCAUGAACCCCUACAGCACCAUUACAACCGAAGAGCUUCUCAUCAAGUGGGAGAAGGUGAAGAAGCUGGUUCCUCAGAGAGAUGGCGGCCUCCAGGAGGAGAUGGCACGUCAACACGCCCAUGAAAGGUUGAGACGGCAGUUUGCUGCUCAAGCUAAUCUUAUUGGACCUUGGAUUCAGACCAGGAUGGAGGAAAUUGGGCGCUGCUCCCUGGAGAUUGGAGGCGCACUGGAGGACCAGAUGACUCACCUGAAGCAGUUUGAGCAUGUCAUUAUUACUUACAAACCCAACAUCGACAAGUUGGAGGGAGACCACCAACUCAUCCAAGAGUCACUUGUGUUUGACAACAAACACACCAACUACACGAUGGAGCACGUCCGUGUUGGAUGGGAGUUGCUCCUCACAACCAUUGCCCGAACCAUCAAUGAGAUUGAGACCCAGAUCCUGGUGCGGGAUGCCAAGGGCAUCAGCCCGCAGCAGAUGAGUGACUUCAGAUCUUCUUUCAACCAUUUUGACAGGAAGAAGAAUGGAGCAAUGGAAACUGAUGACUUCAGAGCUUGCCUCAUUUCAAUGGGCUAUGACCUGGGAGAGGUGGAGUUUGCCCGUAUAAUGGUGCUGGUGGACCCAAAUUCUACUGGAAUCGUCUCCUUCCAGUCUUUCAUUGACUUUAUGACCCGAGAAACUGCUGAUACAGACACUUCUGAGCAGGUUGUGGCAUCCUUCCGGAUCCUGGCAGCUGAUAAGCCCUACAUACUUGUGGAUGAACUUAGGAGAGAACUUCCUCCAGAGCAGGCAGAGUAUUGCAUCAUGAGGAUGCCCCCUUACGCCGGUCCUGACGCACCUGCUGGAGCACUAGACUACACUGCAUUCUCCACUGCCCUCUAUGGAGAGAGCGACCUUUAAUCUGACCAGAAAACCUUUCGUCUAUUGACCAUCAUGCCUUACUCCUUUAACCCCACCCUGUCUGCCCUCCAUCUCUUUAUGAAAUUAAGCAAUCUAUAAUGCACCGCGGGCUAAAUAUGUAGAUUAAAAUGAAAACAUCUAUUGAUAUUUUUUGUUUGAUGCAUCAGUCUGUCUUUAAUCAUACGGGCAAUGUCGUGUCAGUUUGUGCUCUUGUGUCCUCAUGUGUAAACCAGUUAAAAUUACCAACCCCGAAUCAAAUUCUGUUAACAUAAUCAGGCUGAAAGAUUGUGAUUAAAGUAAAGCUGUGGGGACACUAAAAAAAUGUUAUAGGGUAAAAUUCACACCAGCAAGACUGUGGUGUAUUAGUGAUUUGCCGGCUGAAGAAAGAAGUCCUAGUUUUGCUUGCAAUUUCGUGUUUUUAUGUUUCUUCACGGUGGCUUUGUUUUGGGAAUAACAUCUCUGAUAAGGUCUUUUGAGCUGCUUAAAUUGGAUUACGGUUUGCAAAAGCCAUUUCAGACUCGCUGCCAACCAUCAAUAAACAGAUUCCCAAAAGACCAAAACUAAGAAAACACCAAGAAAGGAAAAAUGGAGAAACCAAAUUGAUGCAAAACUAAAUGCUUACAAUAACGUGGUGCUUUAAAGCCUGAAAAGGGGACAAAAAAUGUGUAAUGUUCUUGUUUAGGGAAGAUGAAACAUGUUCUAGCAGCAACAAAUAUGGUAGUACUUAAAUACGUCUAGAAAUACAUUGAAUGACUUCCAGAAGCAAUGCACAAGUAAGAACUGGAAAUCUCUAACUCGCAUCCACUCAAUUCUACGGUUGGCAGCAAUGGAUGCAGCAGCUUGUCCGUUUGUCAGCUUUAUUGGAUCUCUAUAAUUACAAGUAUUGUAUGCAUAUGUAUAAGUACUGUAACGGUCAUAUUAAAAACACUGCACGUUCAAUUCUGAGGUUUAAAAGAAAAAAAACUAUCUCUUAAAAACGGGUAAAUAUAACCUCAACCUCAGACAUAUUACACUGUUAUUUAAUAGAAACUAUGCCAGAAUGCGGAAGUGAGCUGUGCCAGCUUCUAGAACCACCUUUAGCUGCAAUAAAUGAUGGAUCAUUCAUUUUGCAUGCCCACCUAGCCCACCCUGGCAAGAAGCUGAGUAGACCCUGAGCAGCUUUCCAGUUCAUCAGGGGACCUGCAAUAACUGGGAGUAACAGUAUUUUAUAGUUUUUCUGAACUUGCAUGAUUGAAUCUUGCUGGGGCAUCCCCUUCCAGAGAAGACUGGCAACUGUUACUUAUUUUCUUUUGUGAAUAAUCGUUUUCAACUUCAAUGAUGGAGUCAUAACUGUUGAGAAAUGGCCUUAUAACCCUUUCCGCCUUCAUUAGCAGCAACAGUCGCUCCUCUAGGUUAAUUAAUGAUGUCUUUCCUCCAUGGCAUUGAGCUGACACGUUUGAAUGCACCAGACCAGCGAACUGCCAAAACCUGUGCUUUCAUUGAGGUGGUCACACUUGCUGAUAAUUUAUUAUUCAACUUCAUUUAAUUAGCAGAGCCUGGCUGCUACUUACUCUCUUAAAUCCUCGACAAGUAGUAAGAGCUUACUGAGUUUCUUAUUAACUGCCUCUGCACUUUGGCUUAGUUUCUGUUAAAUAAUAGUGUGUUGCUAUAUGUAAUGUGUUGUGUGUUAGACUGAGGCUGUGCUUACCUAAUUUUAAGAACUGGAAAGGACGAAAUGUUUUCUUUAAAACUGUGCCUUAUGUUAAACCUUUGAAUUUGAAUGGUGUACUUUUUUCAUUUGACUGUGUGCACUUAUUUUGAAUAGUGUGUUUAAUAUUUUAGAUGCAGCUAAGCACUUCUUCUGUUAUAUCUGCUUCAGAAUUAUCUUCCCUCAUAGGUAUAUGCUCAUAAACAUUAAAAGCCAUCCUAAAAGCUUGAGUAGAAGCCAACUCGUUUACUUUUCUUUCUUAUUGAAGAUGUUUCAUCCCCAACUGAAAAACUUCAAAAACCAGGAAAAGAAGUCCAGCUGUCGUCUGUUCUCGUUUUUUUUUCUUCAAGGCCAUGACUGAGUCUUUACCAGCAUAAAUGGCAAUUUUUAUGUUUUGACUUUAAAGAAAUGUGCUUACGAAAUACAGUAACUUGUUUCCCAAUUUCCCUCAUUUGCAAUGUGAAGUGCUUCUAUGAGAGGUUGUUUAAUAUUGAUCUCCAGUUUCUCGACAUCAUACACCUGUUUAGCAUUGUUUCCUUCCAACUUGUCAUGUUCUAAAACUACUAAACAAGUUCCACAACUGGAGUAUUUAAAUGUGCUGCAUUGGUACUGAUUUAACAAACAAAUGUCAGCACAUUCUCAUAACUCUUUAUACUAUUAGGUGCAGGCUACUUUUCUUUGCAAGCAAACUUUGCAGUACUCUUAAUGAAAAUUAGAGAGCUAAAAUACUGUUGCUAGCAUGGAUGGGUUUUAUGUGAAGAGGCUCAUUGGUUCUUUCACAUAGACUAGACUCAGCAGAGCAUAGAGGAAACGUAAAAUGGAAUUAAAUGCAAGCAAACCACUUAAAAUAAGCUUUAUUUUGCUUUGGCUUACAGACAGGGGCACAGACACCACUGUUCUUUAAAAGGGAUUUUUGUUUUUCAUUUGUCAUAAGGACUUGAUUAGAUAUAUUUUGGUAGGAAAACAAACAUUCUCAGGCAGCACUGACACCUUAAAGAGAUUGUUUGGCCCUGUUACCUGUAUGUCAGAGUAAUGGCUUCAUUCAAUAAAGUGUUUGUGACACAAUCAAUCAUUCAUCUUAAUAAAUGAUUGCUUUAAUCACA